UCGUAGUCGGAGUCAUCCUCGUCACCGUUAGUGAAUGGUAUAGUGGUAGAAACUGUCUGUUUCGUUAUGUCUGAAGGAUUAGAGGAUGUGUUUUGUUGCUUCUACCAAUAUGGUCGGUUUGAGUUUUCCUUGCCACAAAGUGAAUUUCCACUGCGUUAAAACAGUUCGUGUCCGACAUUUACGCGCUACGGUUUUGUCGGGAAAAACUAUCAAGAGUUGCUUUAAUAAAAAAGAAGGAAGCAAAAUUACCGGCCAAUAACACUCCUUCCUUCCGGUUUUGAUUAAAUGUUAAAUGUUAAAAAGUGCAGACAAAAUAAAGGCUUGCUCUUUAUUGUUGUUAAACUAAUGGAUAGAAAAUAAAUUGCUCGAUACGAAUAGUGCUUCAAACGUUGUUUCUUGUAAUUUGAAAAAUAAAAAAGAAGUUAAGUUUAUUUAGCGAUUUUGAAGGAAAUAAAAUCGGUGUUGAAAAAGGAUCCCCUGUUUUGUUGUUAUUGAAAUUAAUCCAUUAUCUUCAUCACAUUAUUAUUUGUGUAUGUCAGUGUGGCAGUAACCUUCCAGUGUCCAAAUAAAAUCCAGUGAUAAAUAUAAGGAUUUGUUAUUUUUGUUUCCGGGAUAGUAAACAGGAUGCUAGCUUCAUUUGGAUUAAAAAUGUUGAUUGGUGCUGCAGCAAUCAUCAUCAUCAUCAUCAGCAGCAAAAUCAACACCUGUGCCGGAUAUGAUGUAUUCUUUCCCCUCUCAUCAGUCCGCUUGACAAUACCCACAAACGAGAAAGCUCUCAGUAUUUUCACAAAAAUUCCAUUUGGAAAAUUUCAAGUGGUUUCGUUAGCGAACAAUAGUCCUGCCGAUUCGGCCACAAAUUACACUUACAGCUUGGAGAAGAGCGAUGAGGGCGAUGAGUGCUUGCAAAUAAACAAUGGCACUGGUGAAGUACUCCUAACUGAAGCGUUUCAAUACACAAAGCACAAUUCGCGUUAUAUUGUGUCAGCAAAGACUUCGCAAAACAAACCGUCAUUUAAAAUGCCGCAUAUGUCUGUGGAAAUUGUGCCAACGAACUCGACCGACUUUUGUGGACAGUUGGAAAAUGUGUGCUACUGGAGUGGAGCACAUUACACGGUGAAGGAGGACCGAUCCGAUGUCAACUUUCGUCCUGUGCCUAUUGGUAAACUCCGACCAAAUGGUUUUAACUAUUUAUGUUCUGAAUACGAUGUAUCCUACAAGUUAAUGGCAUCUGAAUUUUUAACUGUGAAAGAGGAGACAUUGUAUGCAAAGAAGCCAAUUGACCACGAAUCGAAUAGUGUUUCAACUAAUGGAGUGUUUGCAGAUGUUAAGUGUAUUGCUAAAAACAUACGUAUGGGCGAAACAAUGGAGUUGAUUAAACGAAUAAAUGUUACCGUCUUAGAUCGAAAUGACAACGGUCCAAAAUUGCAGAACACCAAAGAUCUAGAUUUUAGACUGGACGAUCCACACUUUCAAAUGGAUGGUCCAAUCGGAGAAAGGAUUUACUUUUUGGAUGCAGAUACAUUAGAAGCAAAUUCUCAUAUUACGUACGAAGUACAAAACGACAAAUUUGACUUAAUUCGUCCAAAUUGCAAUGCAUACGAAUCCGAUCACAAUGAAAAGCGAAGUUCAAUUAUCAGCUGCCAGCUGGUGUUUGCUCGAAAUGGUUUACUGAACAUAACUCCCUAUUGUUUUGCUCUAGAAGCAAGUGAUCUUACUGUUGAUAGUAUAAAUCCACACACAGCAAAAGCUAAUAUAUGUAUUCACACGGAUUUGAGUAAAAUACACGAAUCGAAUCGUCCAACAGCGGAAGCUCUACGUUCAUCACGGCAGCAUAGAAAACCAUCAAAAAUUGUUAAUUCAGAGGAGUCAUUAGUUGGUUUCGAUUUUGGACGAGCAGCUCUAAGCAUACUGCCGAUUACUUUUGCUAAGGAUGUUUACGUCUAUAGGAUGGCAAUGCAGUGGAAUCGAGUAAUACAACCAACAAACAUGAUGGAUCUUAUAAAUGUGACUAAGCUCAAAUUCCGAAUCGAAGAAGAUCGCAGCAGUGCUUUUGGAAUAACCGAAAGGGCUGGCAUUAUGUAUGUUAAAAAUACUACGGCCUUGUUAAAUGCUGUCGAAACUGUCUAUUUUGUUACGAUAAACUGGACUGAUACUUACAACAGGAGCUUUAUUAUAAAUGUUCACCUUCGUGAUGGGCAUCCUGCAAAUACGACUUGCGAGCAUAAAGAAAAGUCCCGAACUCAAACAUGUGCCCAAAUUAAAUGGGAGAAACAAUGUACCAAAUUCUGUGGUUUAGCUACGGACGGUGGAGCCUGUCACUGGCGAGGUAUCAACAAUGGAUUCACUCGAAAUUAUGCAUCUUGUGUUCCAAACAGCCUCUAUUGUCCAGAUAAUAUUUGUGAUCCACUCGAGAGUCUUGAUCAAUUCGCAUGUCCUCAAGAUUGUUUUGCUUCGAGUAAAAUUAUGGGACCACACACGACUAAUGAUAAUAAACGAGGAAUCUUAUCGGCUUCGGGAACUUGUAUAUGCGAGGACAAUGGCAAGUGUUCGUGUGCUCCCUUGGACGACGGCGAUGUUGAUAAGCCCAGGAAAGGCCGCAAAAAGAAUCAAUCAAAAGAAUCGGCUAAAUUUAGUUCUGUUAAUGUGUCUACCAACGAGCCCUCAACUGUCAUGGAUUCACCAGGAUUAAUUUGUGGAACUUCGUGCAUAAUAUUCACUCUUACAUGUCCCACGGUGUUGAUUUUCAUUAUAACAUGUUUAUUGCUUUCAAGGCGAAAAUACAAACAAAAAGUUAUGGGCAAGUCCUUAAGCCCAAACGAUCUAAAAAAAGGAGAUUGUGAUGCCCGAAACGGUGAUCUUCCACUCAUGCUUAUGGAAAAUAGCUUUAAAUUCGAUUCAGACACUAAAUGGGAGAUCCCAAGGGAGCACUUGGUUUUGGACACAACACUAGGCGAGGGUGAAUUCGGAAAGGUUUUCAAAGGAUAUGCCACUGACAUUGCUAAAUUACCUGGAGUCACUACUGUAGCUGUGAAAAUGCUUAAAAACGGAGCGAAUUCAGUGGAAUAUAUGGCGUUACUUUCGGAGUUUCAGCUGCUGCAGGAGGUAUCUCAUCCAAAUGUUAUAAAACUUCUGGGAGCUUGUACGAAAGGUGAUUCCCCGAUGAUCAUAAUAGAAUACGCAAGGUAUGGCUCCUUAAGGGGAUAUUUGCGUCUCAGUCGAAAAAUCGAAUGUGCCGGCGUGGACUUCACGGAUGGAGUUGAGCCAAUUACUGUGCGUGAUAUACUUUCAUUUGCAUGGCAAAUAUGCAAGGGAAUGGCUUAUUUGACAGAAAUAAAGUUGGUACAUCGUGAUUUAGCGGCUCGAAAUAUUCUCCUGGCUGAGCAUAAAAUAUGCAAAAUUUCCGAUUUUGGUCUAACACGAGAUGUCUACGAAGAUGAUGCCUACCUUAAAAGAAGUCGAGAUAGGGUUCCGGUUAAGUGGAUGGCACCUGAAUCUCUAGCUGACCAUGUUUACACAACCAAAUCGGAUGUGUGGGCGUUCGGUGUAUUAUGCUGGGAACUGAUCACCUUAGGAGCUUCACCUUAUCCAGGAAUUCCUCCACAGAACCUUUACCACUUAUUGAAAACUGGUUAUCGAAUGGAACGUCCUGAAAACUGCUCAGAAGAAAUCUACACCAUAAUCCGAUCUUGUUGGGUGGAUGAUCCCAAUGCCCGGCCAUCUUUCAAAUACAUAGCUUCUGAAUUUGAGAAACUCUUAGGAAACAAUGCAAAGUACAUUGAAAUAGAAGCAAAUGCUGUAUCAAAUCCUUUGUACUGUGUUGAAGACACAUCCAACCAACUGAACGAUCUCUCUCAGCUUACUAAUGAUCUAGGAGAGCCCGAUAGCCUUGAGCAUUUGUGGCAUUCACCGAAAAUAAGCUAUGAUACUAACGACAAUUGCAAUAGCAAGGAAUCUGGAGUUUCAACAAAUCCCGAGUUCCUUCCACCACCAGGCUAUGAUAUGCCACGUCCUCUGAUCGAAGCCAAUACCACCGAACAGAUUUUGCGAUAUGAAAAUGAUUUGCGAUUCCCAUUGAACGUUCGGAAAUCCAUACGUGGUAGUACACCAAUAAUUGACCCAAGUCAUUAUGCAGUGCCUGUAAAACGUGGCCGUUCUUACAUCGAUAUGACCAAUAAAACACUAAUUCCCGACAAUCUAAACAACAACGAUGUGGAGAAGAAUAUUUCGAAAAAUAUUUCUUUUCGAUUCUCAAGUUUAUUAAACCUUAAUGACCAGGAUCAGGAUAACAAUGUAUAGUUUAAGUUUUGCAGAAAUUAAUUUAGAGAAGAAAAGAGGGAGAGUUUAGCCAAAGAUAGAAGUAAUUGAAAUACUCUUAGAUUUUUACCAUCAGCUUUAUAUAAGAAAUAAAAUAAGUAAAUCGUAAAUGAUUAAGAUUCGAUUCAUGUAACAAUUAGCAGAUCUCGCAAGUUUAUAGUUUUACGUUAAAGUGUAUCUGAUGUAUGUGAUAGUUAUAAAUUACAAUACAGUACUUACUUCUUAUAUUUGUUUAUUGUUGAUUUUGUUUUCUUAAGAAAUUAUGUGUUAAGUUUUCUAUUCUUUGUUUGUUAUCAUUACCUUGUCAGUGUAUAUAAUAUACAUAAAUUAUGUGUUGUCAUGUUUAGGCGUAACUUAUAUUUAAUUUACAUAAUAUGCAAUAAUAUUCGAAGUCAUUCCAAUAAGCAACUUCCAAUAAAUGAAUAAAUAUAAAUAAAAUUAUUAUUUUUUAAGUUUAUUCUUAACUUUUGGAUUAAAAAUAGGGAGAUAACUUCCAAAAGAUAAUAUUCUCAA